CACACGACCGCACAGCAUCGACCGCCGCCGCCUGUUCCAGCUCUAUCCCGUCGGUCGCCGUCAUCCAAGCACUCUUCGCCAGCAGCCAGCCAACGGGGGAAGAACAAAGAAACGCAAUUUCUCCACGACACACGAGAGAAAAAUUCAAUUUCAACAUUGCUCUUCACAGCGGGUCGCGAUCGCUACACAAUUUGCCCAUCAAGUACAAAGAAAUCUAGCUAAAUUAUUGUAAGUUAAUGCAAUUUCGACGCGCAAUAGUAUUUCAAUUUUAAAAAUUUUGUUCGAAGAAAAAGUUGAAUCGGAAGAAGAACGUGCGUGCGUGUGUGUGUGUGUUUUGUGUGAGUGUGUGCCGACGACGACAGGAGAGCAAAAAAUAAAAACAACAAAAACAGUGCAAAACACCAAGGCAACCAGCCCAAGGCAGCAUGGAGGUUAUCAACGAGGCCACGAAAAGCGAAGCGGCCACGGCGGAAAUGGCCGAGCUGCUGUCCACGGAGGUCCCCCGGAAGGAUGAGAAACUGGUGGCCAACCUGCGCCAGCAGAUCCCGGACAUUGACAACAUCUUCAACAUCCACCGGAAGAUCGGCCACGGCACGUUCAGUUCGGUGUUUCUCGGGUCGCUCAAGUGCCAGGAGCGCGUUCCGGUGGACCGCAAGAAGUUGUUCGCGAUCAAGCACGUGGUUCCCACUAGUCAUCCGAGCCGCAUCGAACGGGAGCUGCGGUGCAUGAUGCAGAUCGGCGGGGCCAGCAACGUGGUCGGGGUGGAUUUGUGCCUGCGCCGGCAGGAAUCGGUGGCGUUCGUGAUGCCGUACAUUGCGCACGACCAGUUUCACCAGUACUACGACAAGAUGAGCCCGGCCGAAACGCAGCUGUACCUGCGGAACCUGCUGGUGGCGUUGAAGCGGGUGCACGAGUUCAACGUGAUCCACCGGGACGUCAAGCCGAGCAACUUUCUGUACAACCGGAAGCAGCAAAAGUUUCUGCUCGUGGACUUUGGUCUGGCGCAGGACAUUAGCGGCCGACGGGGCGUGGCGUUGAAGGAAGUGCCGGCUGAGGACACCAAGACGUCGUCCAAGCGGCGUCUCUCGGGUGUUGGUACGGGCGCUGGGGACGAAGGAAAUCAGCAGGGUAGCGAAGUCGUGGUCCAGCAGCAGCAGAAGAAGAUUAAGCUAGAAGCAGACAACCUGGAGAACAGUACAACACCGGCCGGUACGGAACCGAGCGGAAAUGCCACGCAGCAGCAGCAGCAGCAGCCGCCGGCGGUUUUCAAAACGCCUUUGAAGCAAUCCAACCAAAUCAUUUCACCCAUGAAGCUCUCGAAUAUCACCAAGGAUCUCUACAGUUCGCCGCUGGUCCGCCAGGUCAAGUCGACUGUUUUGGGCAUUAGUACUAACAUUAAGGUUGCUCAACGCCAGCAGCAACUGCUGCAGCAACAUCAACAACAACAACAGGGAAUAGCAGGCAAUAACCAGUCGCCCGUCGUACCGAUCCCACCGAAGACGGCGGCCAGAGCGAACGCCAUCAACGCCGCACUGUGCGAGUGCUUCGGCAAGAGCCAGGUGUGCAACAUUUGCCUCGUGAAGAAGGAAAUGCAAGCAUCCCGGGCCGGUACUCCCGGCUACCGUCCCCCGGAGGUGCUGCUCAAGUACCCGGACCAAACGACCGUCGUCGAUAUCUGGGCCGCCGGAGUUAUGCUGUUGAGCAUUCUGUCGCGGUGCUACCCGUUCUUCAAGAACUCGGAUGAUUUUCACUCGCUGGCCGAGAUUAUCACCGUGUUUGGUGACCAACGCAUCAAGAAGACGGCGGUUCAACUGGGCCGCCACGUCAAGACUGGCCAGCGCAAGCAACCGCUGGAUUUGCGCAAACUUUGCAUGCGUCUACGCUUCCGCUUCCGGCGUCUCCGGGCUCGGCAGCAGGAGGAACAGACGGCGACCACGUUCGCCAACAGCUGCGACAACUGCCAGCAACGGCUGGACGAGUGUCUCUGCGAGCAUUCCGACUCGAACCGCGAUUUCGCCGAGGACGAGUUCCCGGACAGCGUGUACGAUUUGCUGUACAAGCUGCUCGAAAUCAACCCGCACAACCGCAUCUCCGCCGACGAAGCCCUGAAGCAUCCGUAUUUCCAGCAGUGCUUGUAGAAACGCGGCCACGAGCGAGAGAGAGAGUCGCGCGCACCAGAAAAUGAAGUAUUAAUCAGUACGAUCUCCAGAACAACAAAACAAACAAACAAACGAAAUGCCAACUUUCUCAACAAAACGAGAAAUUAGUUCAAGCGAAAGCAGAUGUAAAACAAAAUACAUUUUUCAACGUUAGAAAAAUGACAACAAAAAAACGUCGUAGGUUAAAUUAUUAGCAAAAAAAAUGUUUCUCCAAGAGAUCUUUGAACAAAACAAAACAAAAAAUAGACAAGCUCUUGCUUGUUGUGGCAAGAAACAAAAUCUAUCGUGAGUGUGUAAUGUGUUUAAUUUAUUCGAAUUACGUCAAAACUAUUUAUUUGAACAAACAAACAAACAAAAAACCCUUUUUAAUGUAUAUCCUGAAUGUGUACUCUGUGAAAAAAGUAAAAAGAAAAAAAACAAUUGCGUUACGUGUUGAGAGAUGAAGCCAUUGCAAAAACAAACAAACAAAACAAGACUAGCGAAAGCGAACAACAGCGCAGCAGAGGAAAGGGCGAUGGCUAUCUGAGAGAUCUAGACUUUAAGAUGAAAACAACAAAAGAGGCAAUAAAUGUAACUGAUGAAAGA